GGACGGCGUUGGACAACUGAUACCGUUCUGUCGGAUUAUCAGUGUAUUUAUACUCUACUGCUUAGCAACUUAUCGAUUCAGUUCUAAAAGUUUGAAGUUCGUUUUUGGAUGCUCGAUCGACGCCCUUAGCAUGCGAUCGCUAACGCGAAGGAAAAGUUCGGCGCUGGAACCAGUGAAGCGAAACCGCUUGACCAAGUUCGCGUGGAUCCGGUGUGCAAAAAAUAAUCAAAUUAACCAUCAUAAGGCGUGUCUGCGCUUCGUGGGAAACCAUCGGAAGGGUGCCGAAAGUGUUCCGAUCGAUUGACUGAUCGUCCUUGAUAACAUGCUGGAGAAAUUCUUCGCAUAGCUGCUAUAAAUAUCCACCCAUUCGGUUGGGGAAGGUAUCAGUUCAGUUAGUUCCGUUCUCGGUAGAACAGUUGAUUCUUCAAACCAUUUCCAAAAUGAUGAUCAAGAGUUUGGUGGCACUUGCCCUGUUGGGCGCUGCUCUUGCGCUGCCCUACGAGCAUCACGGAUACAUCAACGAGGUCAAGCACAUCCCGUACAAGUACUACGGUGGCAUGGAAGGAGGUAUCGGAGGUGGAAUCGGUAUUGGAGGUGGUAUUGGCGGAGGAUUCGGAGGAAGUCAGGGUGGCUACAAGGAGGAGAGCGGUCUGGACUACUACUCGUACCCGAAGUACAAGUUCGAGUAUGGAGUGAAGGACAUCCACACCGGAGACCACAAGAGCCAGUGGGAGAUGCGCGAUGGAGAUGUUGUCAAGGGAGAGUACACCUUGGAUGAGGCCGAUGGAACCCAGCGUAUCGUGGAGUACUACGCCGACAGCAAGACUGGUUUCGAGGCCAAGGUCAAGAACAUCGGACACGCUAUCGAGGGAGGUAUCGGAGGACAGGAGGGAGGAAUCGGUGGCGGAUACGGCCAUGGUUACAGCUACAGCAAGCUGAAGAAGUACAACUAAAUACAAAUCUCCUUGAGAUGUAUUAACAAGACUGGAUGUCAACCGACUGGAACAAUCGCGUAACUUAUGAGUCCUC